AUGGCCCCGCCAAACGAGCAGCGAGCGCGCCGAACAAUCAAAGCGUGCGUGAUCUGCCACAAGAAGAAAGUACGGUGCGACAUCGAUGAAGUCGAAAGAGAUCGAUGUACGCCGUGUACAAAAGACAACUAUCAAUGCAUUCCUCGCGAGCGGAAACGAAAGAGGUUCACCUUCAGUCCCUCUCCACCCGCAGAUCAAAGAAGAGUCAAGGCGCAAGACGCUGAAUCUUUACUUUCUGAAAGCGUAAGAGAAGAUUUCGCUGUCAAUCACACAGCCAACGGUAGCUCAGGCGAAGGGAACAACAUUGCCUUUGGUUCAGGUAGCGCAGCGACGCUACAAGACCAGGAGCUGAAGUCCGAGGUCGAUUUCGGCAGAAGGCUGUCAAGCACUGCGAGUCUGCAUGAGCCUCCACUUCUGGAACGUCAGCUUGAUCCAUCGCUCGACACACCAUACGGAAGCAUCCCAUCUAGCAUGCCCGAGUCCAGCUAUCGACCUAGGAACAGUGUCAGUUACCUCGGACGAUUGGAAUACCUCCGUGGCGACCUUCCUGUCGACGAUGAUUCCGAACUACCGAACAAGGUACCCCAUCGAUUAUCCAACACCGAUAUCGAAAUCCUAAGGAUCCAACAAGUGACUGAGCUGCCACCUCGAGCUGUUCGCGAGAGUUUGCUUGAUGCUUUCUGGACGCGUUGCUACCCGUGGACCCCAGUAGUGGAGCGCAGUUGGAUAAAUGAACGGAGCCCUGGCACAACAUCCCUCCUUCUUCAACAUGCCAUAUUUUUGGCCGGUAGCAGAGUCAGUGCGCCAGUGCAGAACUACCCUUCGGAAGACUUCUAUAAGAAGGCUCGACUGCUGUUCUGGAUGGGUGCCGAGGAUGAUCCAAUCAUCAACAUUGCAUCGGCGUGCCUGCUACAGUGGUGGAACCCCGAAGGACCUGAAAGAGUGUCUUUGGAUACAAGCAGCUUCUGGGUACGAGUCUGCGUUGGUCUUGCAUAUCAAGUCGGAUUGCACCGAGAGCCGAACGGGAAGCCAGAUGCUGGUCUGCGAAAACGAAUAUGGUGGUCACUAGUGACUCGUGAUUGUCUAAUCAACGCAGGUCACGGACGGCCUCGCGCGAUUGACCUCAAGCUUGCUGAUGUGUCACCCAUCUCCGCCCUAGACUUCGACGGUGUUGCGGGUUCCGCAGAUCUGUUCGCCGCAUACGUGGGCAUCUCGUGCGUUCUGGGCGAUCUCACACAGAGCUACCUGCGCAAGCAGGGAUUGCAAGAACAGAAGAAGUCGCUUGAGGACAGACUCUUUCGAUGGCUCAAAACACUACCAGACCAUCUGCAGCUGUGCAGAGCAACCGAAGGGCGGCCUCUCAAGUCAUACGGCUUUGAGGCUCGUCAACUACACGUUCAAUACUUCACAGUCCUGGUUAUUUUGAACCGACCACUUGACCCUAAGUUAGCACCAUCGACAGCUUCGCUGCUAGCAUCAUCGUAUAUUGCGGGCAUCUUCGAAGACUUUAUGGCUCGUGAUGAGCUUCGCUAUCUUGGCCCAAUCUUUACCUUCUACUGUUUGACUGCUGGCAUGGCGCAGCUCUCGUGCUAUCGCUAUUCAGAGAUGGUGGGUUUAGCUGAACAAAACCUCAACAUCAUGGCUCGAGCGCUCGAAGAGUUGAGCAAAAGGUGGCCCACAGCUGUCGGCAGUCUAAAACAUCUGAUGGACGUCCGUGAGAAAGCAACACAACGUCCUCAUCUUGGCCAGUUCCCAGAUAUCAGCCUUCCAAGUACCACGGCGCAAUUCUUCUCGGAAUUUGGUCCCGAUCUUUGUCGAAUGUGGCACUCAAUCUAUCAACGAAUGCCCCAAGCUACUAGUUAUGCACCGAGAGAACUUGAGAUGGCUGGUAUUCUGCAAGAUCUGCGUACACCGAACAACCACCACCAUCUUGAUCUCGACAUCAAUGCCGACGUUGCUGCUCAGCACAUGAUGAAUAACCAGAUUACUACUGAAGCAUCUCUAGAGCCUACUCUAUUGCAACCGCAAGAAUGGUUUGGCCCAUACGCGAUGGGCAACUGGUUGAUGACCGAUUGGGAUCAAGGCGGCUUGGGUUGGUGA